AGAUACCCAUCUCUUCAACAGCAUAUUCCGAACCCAUUUUUGAGAAACAAAAGCGUAUCAAUCCCAAUCUACUUUUACAUAUUUCGGGUUACUUGAGCCAUGCGUAAGUAAAUUGAUAUAGAUGGUGGAAAUGUUGACGCAAAAGGGUCGAGAAAUGAGCAGCGGUGGUGGUGGUCCAAAGGCAGAGGAGGGUGAGUUGUAUGUGGCGGUGGCCGUGAAGGGUAUCAUCGGAGAUAAGUUGGGAGGCGCAGGAAGCCGCCGCGCAGUACGGUGGGCCGUCGAUAACCUUUUACCUAAGGCUGAUCGGUUUGUGAUGAUCCAUGUCAUCCCACCCAUUAGUACUAUCCCUACCCCUAACGGAGAGAGAUUACCUCUGGAGGAAGUGGAGGAGAGAUUGGUGGAAAUGUAUGUGAGAGACGUAAAACAAGAAUAUGAAACAGUCUUUGUUCCCUUCUUGAAAAUGUGCAAGAGUAAUCGUACCAAGUGUCAGGUAGAAACUCUCUUGAUAGAGUAUGAUGAUCCUGCAAAAGCGCUUCUACGAUUCAUAUACAAAUCAGGAGUUAACAGUUUGGUUAUGGGAUCAUUUAAUUCAAACAUAUUCACACGGAGAGCAAAAGGUCCAGGAGUACCAUUGACUGUCUUAAAAUACGCUCCCGAAACAUGCGAAGUAUACAUUGUGUGCAGAGACAGAAUCACUACAAAAUCUAUGGAUCCAUUAAUAAACGCAGCGCCAUGCACAAGUCCAAAAGCAGCUGCGACCGCCCGGCGUUUCCUGAAAGACGGGGCGGCUAGCUUCCACACUGUACAGACUCAAACUUCAUCUGAUCCUGGAGAAUCAAUAGAGGUAGGCACAAGGAGGUCAGCAUCGGCUAAAGAGUUGAGAUUGGAGGCAUUAAGCCUCGCUAUAAGGGAACCCGAAACGCCUCAAAGUAGCAAGGCUUCUAGUGCAACAGUUCAAGAUGUUAUAAGGCGCCGUGGAGGAUCAGAUAUUCCACAGCUAAAUUACUCAGAUUUUGAUGAAACAACCGAACAAAAGCCAAAUAUUGAGAACAUUGUCAAGGAACAAAGAUACUCUAAUCCGCCACCCGCAACAUCUAGAAAAUCCAAGAAGGUUGAGAUUGAAGCAGAGGUAGAGCGUUUGAAAAAAGAGUUACAAAAUAAAGUUGUUAAGUAUAAACAAGCCUGUGAAGAGCUUUUCUCCACACAAAACAAGGUUCAAGUACUGUCGUCUGAAUGUUCCAAAGACGCUAGAAGAGUGAACAAUGCGGUGGAGAAAGAAGAGCUGCACAGGAAAACCGCGGCCCUGGAGAAAGAGCGGUACAUGAAGGCGAAUAAAGAGGUAGAAGCAGCGAAAGCGUUACUUGCGAGAGAGUAUUGUCAGCGACAAAUCGCGGAGGUUAAUGCUUUAAAGAAUUACUUGGAGAAGAAGAAAGUGAUCGAUCAGCUUUUAGGGACGGAUCAACGGUACAGGAAGUACACAAUCGAAGAGAUUUUUAUAGCCACCGAAGGAUUCUCGCCGGAGAAAGUGGUCGGAGAAGGAGGAUACGGUAAAGUUUACAGUUGUAGCCUUGAUAGUACUCCAGCGGCUGUUAAGGUUGUCCGGCUAGAUACGCCGGAGAAGAAACAAGAGUUCUUGAAAGAGGUUGAGGUUCUGAGCCAGCUCCGACACCCACACGUGGUUCUUCUCCUAGGAGCUUGUCCGGAGAAUGGUUGUCUAGUUUACGAGUACUUAGAAAACGGAAGCCUCGAGGAAUACAUAUUUCACCAGAAAAAUAAACCGCCUUUGCCUUGGUUCAUCCGGUUUAGGGUUAUUUUCGAGGUAGCUUGCGGUUUAGCCUUCUUACACAGUUCUAAACCGGAACCGAUUGUUCACCGUGAUCUAAAACCGGGUAACAUCUUGUUAAACCGGAACUACGUGAGUAAAAUCGCAGACGUCGGUUUAGCCAAGCUGGUUACGGAUGCUGCACCGGAUAAUGUCACGAUGUACCGGCACUCAGUUCUUGCUGGUACAUUGCAUUACAUUGACCCGGAGUACCAUCGAACCGGAACGAUUAGACUCAAGUCGGAUCUUUAUGCGUUCGGAAUAAUCAUUCUUCAACUGUUGACGGCUCGUCAGCCAAACGGGCUUAUACAUGCCGUCGAAAAUGCGGUUAAUAAAGGAACGUUAACCGAAAUGCUAGACAAAUCGGUUACAGAUUGGCCUUUGGCAGAAACCGAGGAGUUGGCACGGAUUGGUUUAAAAUGUGCCGAGUUUCGGUGCCGAGAUAGACCGGAUCUUAAAGAAGAGGUUAUACCGGUUUUGAAACGACUUGUAGAGACUGCAAAUUCAAAGAUAAAGAAAGAACGAAGCAAUUUACGUGCACCAAGUCAUUACUUUUGUCCCAUCUUACGAGAGAUAAUGGAGGAGCCAGAGAUUGCAGCUGAUGGAUUCACGUAUGAGAAGAAAGCGAUCUUAGCGUGGCUUGAGAAACACAACAUUUCACCAGUAACACGACAAAAGCUCGACCACUUCAAGCUCACACCAAACAAUACACUCCGGUCUGCUAUUCACGAUUGGAAAUCAAGAGUCCGAUUUUCUAAUGCCGUAGUUAAUAUAACAUGUUGAUUUCUCACUGUGGAAUUUUUUUUUUAAAAAGCAUUGGAGUUGUAAUGUCGUAGUUGAUAUAACAGGUUGAUUUCUCACUGUGGAAUUUUUUUUUAAAAAAGCAUUGGAGUUGUAAUGUUUUUAUACUA